UGGUUCUCCGGUAGCCAGCCGGUUGUCGGACUUAUUUGCUCUUCGCUGAGCCAGCCAGCCAGCCAGCGACCGUAGUAGUGCUAAUGAUAGAAACGGUAAUAGCUUUCAUAGUAGAAGCGGUAAAUAGGCAGUCGUCGCCGCUAAGCAAGUGUUUGUUGACCGCCAGCCGCGGCUUCCAGCACGGCCGUGCGUGCUCCUGCUACAAAGCGGGGAGCGACCGAGGUAUCUAACAACGUCGAAACGAGGACUAGCUAUCCGUUGUUUCUUUUGGCUGUCGCCUUUUCCGGGGCAACCGCCAUUGCCAGACAGGCGGCGGACGUCGACCGACGCUUUCGUGUGCUUCGAGUCGAGACGCUUCCUGUGUGUCGACAGCAACAUACCGUCGUGCAGCAGACACACGGACUUCAGACGAUGACGGCAAGACGGACAGUCGAAACAAAAACUGCUGCGGAGUUGUCAUAAGAGUAGCACAGGAGAAGCUGCUGACUUCUCAACUGCGAUCGUCCGCUGCUCAUCGAAUUGGUUCUUCGUCGUGAGAAGAUAUCGAGUGAAUAGAAAUUAUUCCUUUCGUUAGAACUGCGUUUUGGAUUCGUUCUCUCUCCUUUGUCCCUCUCUCCUUUGCUAAAAAAAAGUGGAGCUACUAGUCACAUGCGGAUUAGUGUACUAUCAGUUGGGUGAUCUGUUUUCACCACACGGUAUUCCGCCCGUAAGAAAACACCAGCGUGGACAGCGGCUGAUCACUGUUAUAUGCCGGCAUCUGAGUUCUUCGAAUUUCAACAACAGUGGUACGUUCAUUCACGAAUUAUGUACAGGUGCACACUUUUAAUCGAAUGAGUGUGCAGCUCAUGUAAACAAAACUCCCACGGGUGGUUUAUAUAUGUGUGUACACACACAUAUAUAUGUAUAUAUAUAUAUAUGUAUGUACACACAUACAUAUAGAUAUAGACAGAUACGUAUCGCAAGGGCAUACCAACUAUUGGUACUGUUCUAAAAAUCGAAAUAAUCAACAAAAUGGUUGCUGAGACAAGAUGUCAGGCCAUACAGCUAUCGUCAUUUGCAGACGGUGCCGUAGCGACCGAAGCCAUCAGCUGAGUCAGAGACGCCGGCUGAAUUUGGCCAAAUGGUCCAUCUUUAAAGAGAAAGUACCUACAUAAGGUACAACAAUACUUUUCAAGUGAUCUGACUAACGAAUGAGCAGAUGGCUUAACUAGCUCGUUAGCGCAGCUUGAAACCCCUCGCGCUUGAAGCACACACACACCUGAUCUGUGUGGCUGGUCGACAGAAACAGGAGACAACCCUGAAAGGUGUUAGGGAUACAGCCGAAACGGAUCAGCACAGACUUAGCGGAUUAGUGGUGCAUUCAAUGUAUGAGUAGCAAUAGCUCAAACAAAACUUUGCUAGGACGGAUAUUUAGACUCUGCGACUGAACUACCAACAAACCUUUUUCUCUUUGACUGAUUCCGAAGCAGAUCCGAUAACUCUGACAGCCGCAUAUUUACAUCGCAACGUUGAGAGGGCGUGGACGCGUGGAAGGGAACUGUACAGUUGAGAGUUUGACUCUUACUUCUUCAGGACCCUCGCUAAUUCGUGGAAACGACAGCGUGUGUACAAAGCUAUCAGCUGCGCCAGAUUAGCCUGGUAUUAGUAAAAGUGUCAGUGAUUACCUCAGAACUUUAUAGUUGUAGUGAGUGUAGCGGUUAGUAUUUUAGACACCCGUGAGCUACUGUGUAUCGAAGUGCCUACAUAGUCGUCAGCAGCAGUGAAGGGCGGUAGUUCGUUCAGCACGGUAAGGUACCCGCACUAGAAUACUACAGAGGGGCGGGCCAGGUGCGAAACGCUCGGUUUCAAAGUCAGUUAUUGCGCGUCCGCUCAACGUUAACAUCGACAGCAUACGUACCUUAGUAGCACCGUAUACAUUAUAACAAAAUAAACUUUACCAAAAACCGCUUCGACGGAAACAAUAGAAGCUGGAAGACGGAAGCAGUCAGCAGGUAGACAAGAUUAUUCGACAGUUGGGCCUGACUUCCUAUCGCGUAGCAAAAACCGAUCGUAAAGCGGAAGAGAGUCAAAAUUGUGACGUGUACACGGCACGAAUAUGGCCACACUGCCAAAGAGUCUCGUACAGCGCAGAACCAACUCGCUGGACUCAGAACGCGAAAGUUUCGAGAAAAGUCAGGCAAUUAGCAUACAGAAGGCCAUUAAUACAGUGGAAGGAUCCGUCAAAGAAAAGCAUGUGCGCUUCAUUCUCAUUGGAACUCACCAUGAACGAGGACCGUACACAUUUUGGGAGUUUGCAAUGCGACUGCCGGUUCAGGAGAAUCCUAUUCUCGCCUGGAAGUUCUGCUAUGUCGUCCAUAAGCUCCUCCGUGAAGGUCACGACAAAUGCAUACCGGUCAGCUUUAGGUACAUGAAUAAAUUUGCUGACUUGGGCAGGCUUUGGGGCCUCCUUAAUGAAGGGUACGGACGUCUUAUUGAGCUGUAUUGCGCUCUCAUUCUACAAAAACUAAAAUUUCAUGCGCGAUAUCAGGGCAUACCUGGAACACUAGUGCUAGCUGAUGAACAGUUAUUGGCUGUAUCGGAGGGCGAUGUAAACGUUUUCUUCCAGUUUGCAUGUGACAUCUUCGACUACAUGGAAAAGGUACUAUCGCUCCAGGCGGCUGUUUUUGGAUCGCUGGAUAUGGCUCGAGCGAACUCGAUGACCAACUCAGGUCAGUGCCGAUUGGCGCCGCUAAUCUGUUGCAUUCAGGACUCAUCGCAGUUAUAUGACUUCGCAGUGAAAGUUCUUUUUCAUCUUCACGCUCGAUUACCCGCCGAUACUCUUCAGGGUCACCGGGAUCGAUUCAUGGCGCAGUUUCGUCAACUUCGAGGUUUCUACGCUAAUUGCGCAAACCUUCAGUACUUCAAAACGCUAGUUCAGGUGCCUUCAUUGCCUCCUUCGCCGCCUAACCUUUUGAAGGCGUCAGAGCUUAAUUCGCACGUCCGCCCCGUCGUUGUUCUACCACCACAACCGGUGGAAGCAGCUGAAGUUGCCGAAGACCUCAUUGACACAUCUUCUCCUGUCAAUCAGAUGCCAGAUUCGUCCAUGGCAGGAGCCGGAAGUCCCCCUCCGCCACCUCGAAACUCUUCUGUAGACCACGAACUAGGUCAAAGAAAGGAUGCUAUUAUUGAACAAUUACUUAAGGAACUCGAAGUUGCAAGGAUGGAAGCCCAACGUGUUCGACUUGAAGACGAUACAGUAGCAAUGGAGCUUCGCCUUCAACAGGCUACUCUCGAAGGUCAGCUUCGUGCCGAACAAAACAACGUCCGUCAGUUACAGGGACAACUAGCGGCUCGUCUCGAAUCUCACCAGGUAUCAGCGGUAAUGCAGGACCAACUUGAACAGCUAGAGAAGAAGUGUAAAUCGAGUGACGACAAAUUCCUUAAAAUGAAGGGUAUCUACACCAAACUUCGAGAAGAACAUAUUCGCCUGCUUCGAGCAAAGGCCGAGCUCGAAAAGAAACUUCAGCAAGAGCAUAAAAAAGCAGAAGAGGAAAAGCUUACGGAGCCAGAAAGUAUUCUGUCGUCCCGCAGCGGCUUGCUUCUAGCUGGCAUUAUGGAGGCAGUUGUAGACGGGGCGGUGUCAGAAUUAGAUAUUCCGCCAAGCCAAGAUCGCUUUUUGCAGAACGCGGAGAUGGCGGAAACAACGUUAAAGUCGCUUCGACGAGCCGAGGGAACGGAAGAAGAGGCCCAACUUCAGGCAACUUGCUUCGCGUUGGUUCAUCAAAUUUUUCAGCUGCUACAGAGCGCCAAGGCAAAUGCGCACCACUGCCCUAGUGUUGAAGCAGGACACGAGAUUAUUACCCGCGCACGCACAGUCGGAUUGAACAGUAUUGAAUUGUUCAAAAGACUUCGAAUCGGAGAAGUUGAUACAAGCGCAUGUCUAGCCAGUCUGCGAGAGCUCGUAACCUGCAUCGAGUCACAACGCCUUAAAGACGAGCAGAAAAAUCAGGCUGAAGACAUUGGCCAUUUAUUAUCAGAAGAAUUAGCUCAAAUGGACCAGGCCAUUGCGGACGCAACGAAACGUAUUAGCGAAAUCUUUGCUAAAUCGCGAGGCUCUGAUGAGGGCGUCAAACUUGAGGUAAACAGUCGAAUAUUGGGAGCAUGUCAGCUGCUAAUGGGCGCUGUUACGACUUUGGUAAAAGCGGCGCGGCAUCUUCAAGAAGAAAUCGGGGGCUUCUCCAAAGAAUUUUACACUAAGAACCAUCGGUGGACUGAAGGUCUGAUAUCGGCGGCAAAGGUUGUGGGUAUCGCAGCGAAUUUAUUAGUGGACGCAGCCGAUCGUUGCGUGAGCGGUGAUGCCAAAAUGGAAGAGCUUAUUGUUGCUUCCCAGGAAAUAUCGGCGGCCACGGCGCAACUGCUCGUGGCCAGCAAGGUCAAAGCUGAUCGUCAGUCUACUCGAUUGGCAGCACUGGGCGCUGCAAGUAAGGCCGUUAUGGAGAACACGGCCAACGUUGUGGCCACGGUAAAAAGCUGUCGACAACAGGUUGAUGAGUCGCAGGACAAAAUUGAGGGUCUCAGUUUACACCAGGCUAAACGGCGCGAGAUGGAGUUGCAACUGCACGUUCUCGAACUAGAAACCGAACUUGAGAAAGAACGUCUGCGCCUUGGUGCGCUGCGACGAAGGAACUAUCAUGAAUAAAACGAGCUGGGCAGAGACUUUGCGUGCAAUCCUACGUUGUAUUUCUCGGACGUACGAAGCAUCCUAUCCAAAUCUCAACUACAAAAUGGCUUUUGGCAAUAAUCAACCGGUCAGUGUCGCAGUAGUACAUCAACUCGACGAUUUCCAUUUCUCAGGCGAAAACGUUUGUUCUAAUAUCUAUAUUUCGUUUACAUACUACUAAGUAUUCACGAACAAAUAUGUUCCUACAGCAAUAGAUGACAAUGGCUAUAGCAGGCAGUAAUGGAACUUGUCUAUCAAAUCGGUACAUUUGAUAUGUAAAUUAUAUAUAUAUAUAUGUAUGUAAUUAGGUCGUGGACAGUCUUGAAAAACCAAUACGUUUUGUUAUUUCCCUAGAUCUUUUUAAUUGGAAUUAUUUAAAUAUUUUUCUCAUAAAUAUGUCUUUUCACAGAUUUCACGGAAAAAACCUCGUUAGUUUGUCCGCUCGGGGAAUUUCUCAUUUCGUUUUUUUCCUACGUUUUUUUCCUUUUAACCUAUCUUAAUUUUUGCAAUAUUUUACGUUAACGGAUUGAAUGAAUGAUUCAGACUUAACCGCUGUGGCCCAGUGGUCGUUAGCCCUUCCAAGUUUAUGAAGGAGGUGUGCUUACUCAGUGAUUCAUUGGCGUGCCUACACAGAAGCUCAUCGCAGCGAUCCGUCCAAGACAAGCGGUCUGCGAAGCGUAAACUAUAACAUAUAGUUGCAAUCUUCACAGGAAGCACCGAUACUAUCUCUUGAGCCAUGAGCUGGAUGCAGUUGAAUCGUAGGCAUCUAUUUUUUUUAAAACUCCGAAACAUGAAAGUAAGUUCUUUCCGUCAUAAAGUUUUCUGUGUGGAGUUUUUUCAUAACGAGAAGCCAAUUUAGAAAAGUUAUCUGGAUCACCUUAUCUAUCGUUUCCAGGUAAUCUGAACAUAUUGUAUCUAAACGAUAUAUAAUUUCUCCUUCUUUUUAUACUAACGAAAAAGAAAAAGGAAAUUCAGUGUCGUCAUAUUUCGUUAGCGUUUCAACGAACGAUAACGGGCUGCACUAUUUCCAUUCGCAAAUCGUACUAUGGUUAUUUAUUAAUUUAAUAUUGAAAUUUUUAUAGCCUCAUUAACUAAUUGUUCCUACGAUUGGAUCCAUAUUCCCGCAGUUAAUCUUGGUGCGAUACUUACCUACAAAGGAGGACGGCGUCGUCCGUGCUAAUUUCUAUCCAUCGAAGGCGCGUUCUAAUAGAAUAGGACUUUACAAUAUGAAAUGUGUUUUAAGAGUGUCAGAAAUCUAGAGACAUUUACAUAUACUCACUCAAUAUACAUGAACAGUUAUAAGUAUGCAAAAAUAGAGACGUUAUCGUGUAUUUCCCAGUUUUAAUGCCGCAGGACGUUAGCUAAGAGACGUGUUAUACUGAGGCGAACAGGGGAAAACACGAACCGCAGUCUUUUGUCGCCUGUCGAAGCACUGGAUCAGCGGCGAAGCUGAUAGCGGUGUGUCACUGUAUACCCGGCAAGAAGAUAUAUUCAAUGUUCGAUUGAAGUAAAGGAUCAAAAAGUGUUUUCAGUUACUCUUUGGUUUCACGCGUUCUGCAGUCCCAGCAUAAAACGGAGCUGCUACAGGACGCCACACCCAUACUUGUGAAUCCGAUGGCUAGAUAAGGCCAGUUACUUCGGUACACAGGGAGCCACUUUGGGCCUAUUUUUGAUUGAAUUGCUUUCCCGGUCUUAAUAGGUCUGCAGGAAGGCACCGUCGCGGCUAGGUCUUAUUCGUCGAAGAAGACUGGAAACAUUGUCACUCCCAGUCUUUGGUAACGAAAGCCCUAAACAUGUAUGACACUACAUCUCCUAAUGCUGUUGUAAAAAUAAAACAUUGUAGAAAGCUGGUCUAUUUUCGAAUCUCAUAGUCAAACUGUGGUCGUUCAUGGGCGAUUUCUAGGCAAAGCACGAUGUACGACGUGUAAUAGUCUCAAAAAAACAGCACACAAACGUCUCAUUAGCUGCUACAUUUUUAUAACACCCAUAGCGAAAAUGCCCGGAAUCCUAUGUGUUGCAAGGCUGAGCAUGGACAAAUGCAGGCUGCUAUCAAAUAUGAAAGAUUAAUCAUAAUAUUGAAGAAGCAAAAGGCCUUAGGCGUUGAGAAAAAGGCUUCGCAUGCGUAUUUACGUAAGGAACAACUGAGUAGCCUUGUCUUUGAUAGAUUCAUCAAUAUAUACACACCCUAUGCGAACUAUAACGCUUAAGAAUGACAAUGAAAAAUUUAAGACAAAAAAUAAACAUCCUUUAUUUAAGCGAGGCAAUCAAGCGACAGCUCUCGACUAAAAUAUCAGACAACUUACAGAGGCGAUAUACUCAGAGCAGAGUUUUUUUCUAUUUUUUAGAUCUUUUCUUUAAAUAGCCAUAAAAUAAUAUAACCUAGCGCUAAUUGCUGAUAUUCACCCUGUGGCAAAUAUUAAAACAGAAACGUUAUAUCUGUAUGGCCACGAACAUGCGAUAGGAUAAAAAAUUAACAGAUAGAACACUAUACUGGAGUUAGGUGCAUUUUACUUUUAUAGAAAUGCAGCGGCAAAUGAAUGGAAACUGCCUAAGCUUAAAACAUAUGCUACGUCUGACCGGAAAAUGGAAAGCUUACAGACUAUAUAUACAUAUAUAUAUAUAUAUAUAUAUAGGAUAUACGACGAGGAGUACGAAAAAAGUGAAGUUACGCCUUGUAACUUUUCGUACCAAUAUUAGCCCAAAUACACGUUGCGUUAGAUGUGAAUGACUGCGUGCGUGUAGUUUUUCCCAUAUCAUUUUUAGAUCAUGAGUGUGUAUAAUGUAUUGCACGGUGACAUACUUUCCCACCUUCUCGACUGCUGUAUCGGUGAAAGCAAUUGUCUAACAAGUUACCUCAUAAAACUAGUCAUUGCCAGUAACGCUUCAUUAAUAUCCGAAUGUAUGGCGUAGCUAGUUUAAGGUAUCUUGAUGAAACCUACAAUAUUCUCCACCCAUUGUGUCCUACCGAUCAUGCGGAAUGUCAUGUUGCUAUUAAUUGUAGCACAUAACAAU